CCUAGAUCUACAUCCGAUAAUCUUGGCAGCAAAGUAGGGAUGGAUUGGGACUGAACACGAAACCUUUUCGCAAGAAUUUGAUUAAGUCAGAUAAUUAAGACCAGAACACUUCCUUGUUUCUUCACCUGGGAGGCGCGUCCUGGGAAAGAAGAGGGCGCUUUGUCGCGGGCCUUUCAGGUGGGGGCGCUGUGCGAAGUGUCUUUUGCGCCUCUGUCCGGGAGGAAAACAGAAGGUGGGAAUGGAGUACAGCUGAGAUGCAAGAGGGCGUAGAGUGAGAACUACGACAGAAGCAUCAGAGGGGGGCGAGGGAAAGAAGGAGAGAGAGGCGCGACUGCCGGGACGUCAGGCUCUUUGUCUCUCAAAGGCUGGCAGGGCCGAGGCGGACGCGACUGGGAGGCGCCAGGAGGCGGGGUCAGCACCGAGCUGGUCUCUGGCCGGGCGUGCCUCAGAAAGUCCUGCCCGUGCCGCGCCCUCCGAGCUCAGCGGGAGCUGGCUGCGUGGACCGUUUGAAGAGCCAACGGAUGAAUGAGCCUCCUGCUGGGCUGGGGGCCUCGGGGCCCCGCGGGGCUGCGAGUCUCGCGGGCGCUCCGGGCAUCCUGGGGCGCGCCGGCUCCUUUCCGCGCAAGCUGCGGCGCGGGGCUCCCCUGGCUCCCGGUGCCCGGAGUCCCGCGGUGACGGGGGCGGCAGCGGGGCCGAGGGCGAGCGGAAGUCGAGGCGGCGCUCCCGAGAACAGCCCGGCCGCUGAGAACCUGGACUGCGAGCCGUGGGUCAGAGAGAAAGUGCUGUUUCUUCUGCACCCAGAGAGAUGGUUGGGGACUCCAGGGGGCCGUGCACGGGAAGACGUGGCCGGUGGGGAGGACCAGGCGGCCGGAGAGGACCGGGCACCCGACUGCCCGUCUCUCUUUCCACGAGAAGAGCGAAUUUCUGGCAGCCGUGGAGACGCUGCCUUCAGAGCCCUGCCGCGGGACCCCGCAUCCCCACCCAAGUCCGUGCUUGUGCGGAUUGUGGACUAUCAGGUGACAGAAGAAGUCCUGUGGACCUCAUGGACGAAGGGCCAAAUGACCGCCCGGACCGAGGAGCACUCCAUGAGCGCCAUCACUUUUCGCACCAACAGGGAGUGAAGCACCAGGCUGUGGGGCGCCGGGACUCCGGAGAACCACCGGCUCUCCCUGCAUAGGGAGAGGCGCCCCGCGUCCAUGCCGCGGGGAGAUCACCUCACGGUCCCCAAGGACUGGAUUGCCCGAGGAUAUGAAACAGGAAAGAGGAGCCUUAGGAAUGUUGCGGGCUGGUGGGUGAGCGAUAAGCCUCUAAGAAAAUGCUCUUCCGGGAGCGCCAACCUGUAAUUAACCAACAGCAAGGACCUUUUGUAAGGCUGGGGCAGCGCAGCAAGGAGGCAGAUGACACUCCAGACAGAAUGCAGAACUGUGAGCAACGUAAUACCUCCUUUGUGUCUUAAAUACUGUGACGGUCUCGGGACCUAAGUCAUUGGAAGAGGGGAAAGAGAGGUAUUUUCAGAUUGGUGAAUUGUGGGCCCUUUGAAAUAAAAUCUGUUGUUAAUUCUCACUUUGCAAUACAUCUCAAAUGAUCUCUUUCCCUGCCUCCCCGCUCUCUCUUUAAGACCUAAAAUCAGAAGUGAAGUUUGAUUCAAAGGGAGUGGGAGUAGAUGGGGAGAGAGGCUUGUUUUAAAGCUGAAAAAGAAAGUAAAAAGGAAUAGGAAAAUUAAAAUAAAGCAGCAGGUAAACAAAAUCUUUCCUUUUUACUUUCUUCUGAUGUGCACAUUUUUCUUUUUUUCAUUAAGUGUUAGAAAAAAAAUAAAUAACUAGGAAAAGAAGAGGGGGAGAACGGAAGACCCAGCUCUGAAGGUUAAAUGCCAUUUAAAGGGGCUUUACUACCCCAAAGUAUCUAGUCUAGUAAAAAUGCUUUUUAUCUGGUUUUUAUUUAUUUUAAUAUUUUAAAUAUGACAGAUAAGUCUGAUCUAAAGGUAGAUAAUAUAUAGUUUGCCAUAAAAUAAUUGUAUAUCUUAACUUCUGUCCAUAGUCUCUUAUUAUUUGCAUUCAAAACCGGGUUGAAAAUACA